AUGGGCGUUCUACGUGCUCUUCUCGCAGCCAGUCUCCUGGCCGUCACUGUUGUGAAGGCUCAAACCGCUGACCACUGGGCCCAGUGCGGUGGGAGAGGAUUCAGUGGCCCCACCACCUGUGCAAGUGGCGCCGUCUGCACUGUCGUGAAUGAGUGGUACUCCCAAUGCAUUCCCGGGUCCAACGCCCCUGCUCCUGCUCCUACCACCACUCAGCCUGCCCCUGCUCCCGCCCCAAGCGGGAAGCUCCCAUCCAGCUUCAGGUGGAGCUCCAGCGGACCCUUGAUUGGACCCAAGUCCGACUCUAGGAGGAUUCAGGGGAUCAAGGAUCCAUCCGUGGUCUACCACGAUGGUCGCUGGCACGUUUUUGCCAGCACGGCGAAGACUGAGGGCUACAACCUCGUCUACAUCAGCUUCACUGAUUGGGCCCAAGCCGGUUCCGCAUCAUUCUACUACCUUGACCAAGCUCCACUUGGGACCGGGUACCGCGCCGCACCCCAGGUGUUCUACUUCGCUCCCCAGCGCCUCUGGUAUCUUGUGUACCAAAACGGCAAUGCCGCCUACUCUACCAAUCCCGACAUCAACAACCCGGCCGGAUGGACUGCACCCCGCACGUUCUACAGUGGCAUGCCCGCUAUUAUUCGCAACAACAUCGGCAAUGGACACUGGGUCGACAUGUGGGUCAUUUGCGACUCUUCGUUGUGCCACUUGUUCUCGUCGGACGACAACGGUCAUCUGUAUCGCUCCCAAACUUCCCUCUCCAACUUCCCUAACGGCUUCAACGAGCCCGUCAUCGCCAUGCAGGACUCCAAUAAGAAUCGACUCUUCGAGGCCGCCAACGUAUAUCGCAUCGACGGUAGCAAUGAAUACCUCCUCCUCCAUGAAGCCAUCGGCAGCGACGGCAGGAGGUGGUUCAGGUCUUGGACUUCGACCAGCAUUGCAGGCCCUUGGCGUGCACUUGCUGACCAAGAGUCGAACCCCUUCGCGAGGGCAAACAACGUGGCGUUCACCGGUAAUGCGUGGACCAGAGACAUCAGCCACGGUGAGCUGAUCCGCAGUGGAAACGACCAGACCCUCCCAAUCAGCCCAUGCAAUCUUCGCUACCUCUACCAGGGUCUUGACCCCAACUCUGGCGGCGAUUACAACAGCCUUCCCUGGAAGCUCGGUCUUCUUACUCAAACCAACUCUGCUUGUUAA